AGAUUUCAAGUUGACGUGUCUUUCGCUCGCCAUUUUUGAUGAAUUCUGGUUAGACUAUUCACACACCCUACGAAGUAGCAAUACUCCAGAAAAAUCAUGAACAAACUCAUAAAUGCCUGUUGGCUAUUAACAUUAUUAGGUAGCGUUGCUGCAUUCUAUUUACCCGGGUUAGCACCUGUUACUUAUUGCAACAAGGGAGAGAAAUGCAAAUCUGAUAUAAAGCUUUACGUGAAUCGUCUGGAUUCAGUAUAUUCGGUUCUACCUUUUGAAUAUACAGCCUUCGAUUUUUGUCAAGCGCCGAAAGACGUUAUUAACAAAGAAUCUCCUGUAGAAAAUUUAGGCCAGGUCGUAUUUGGCGAGAGAAUAAGACCAUCACCUUAUCAACUUAAAUUCAAUAAGACGGAAAAAUGUCAACAUCUCUGUACUAAAACGUAUAGUAGACAGAAGAAAGAUGAUGAUAAAAAGUUAAAAUUCCUCCAACAAGCUAUCUUGAAACAUUAUAAACAUCAUUGGAUUAUUGAUAAUAUGCCUCUAGCUUGGUGUUACAAUACUGCUGGUGGUAAACCAUUUUGCACAACUGGAUUUCCUGUUGGUUGCUAUGUAAACAAAAAUGGCAAGGGAAUGGACCAUUGCUCGUCGUCUAACUCGUAUAGUCAAGCAAACACAUUUUAUUUGUUUAAUCAUGUUGAUAUUAUUAUUGAAUAUCAUAAUGGUGAAAAAGAAGACUGGGGAAAAAGCCUCAGUGGUACUCCUGGUGGACGACUAAUUAAGGCAAAAAUAAUCCCACGGAGUGUAAAGCAUCAUCAUGAUGCGAAUGGAGUCCCAUAUUGCGAAGGUGGAGGCGACUCUCUACCAACUUUUGGCUUUAAAAAUACAGAUAAUGACGUUAAGAUUAGUUAUACGUAUUCUGUUACAUUUGUAGAAAAUAACACAGUAAAGUGGUCAAGCAGAUGGGAUUAUAUAUUAGAAUCUAUGCCACAUUCCAAUAUUCAAUGGUUUUCAAUUAUGAACUCUCUUGUAAUUGUUUUAUUUUUAUCUGGUAUGGUAGCUAUGAUAAUGCUGAGAACUUUACACAAAGAUAUUGCAAGAUAUAACCAAUUGGAUAAUUCUGAAGAUGCUAGAGAAGAAUUUGGAUGGAAACUAGUUCACGGCGAUGUUUUUAGAUCACCUCGUAAGGGAAUGAUUCUCUCAGUUUUUGUUGGAAAUGGAAUUCAAAUUAUCUGUAUGGUUGUUAUAACCCUUUUGUUUGCAUGCCUUGGAUUUCUUUCACCGGCCAACCGUGGUUCAUUAAUGACGUGCGUUCUUGUAUUAUACGUUUGUUUGGGUACACCAGCCGGAUUUGUAAGUGCCAGAAUAUAUAAGAUGUUUGGAGGUGAAAAAUGGAAAUCAAAUGUCCUUCUAACCGCAUUCCUAGUACCAGGAAUUACCUUUGGAGUUUUUUUCGUGCUAAAUUUGAUUAUGUGGGGUGAAGGAAGUUCUGCUGCAGUUCCAUUUACUACGCUAAUAGCUCUAUUGGCGUUAUGGUUUGGUAUAUCUGUACCUUUGAGCUUCGUUGGCGCAUAUUUUGGAUUUAAAAAGAAAGCCAUUGAACACCCAGUAAGAACAAAUCAGAUCCCUCGUCAAAUUCCAGAUCAAUCGUUCUACACUCGUCCCCUGCCCGGGAUUGUUAUGGGUGGAAUUUUACCUUUCGGAUGCAUAUUUAUUCAACUUUUCUUCAUCCUUAAUUCGAUAUGGUCUCACGAAACCUACUACAUGUUUGGAUUCACCCUGUUCGUGACAGCCGCCUGGUUCUUUUUUAAUAUCUUCUUGGACUCUUAUCGAGAAGAAGACUACGAACCGGUUACUUACUCAUGGCAAAAGGACAUUGAGAUUCUUCCCGAAGCCAGAAAACGUCAGGGAGGUGUAGACCACAUUCUAUUAGCUCAAGAUGUUACCCAACCACCGCCACCGUCUACUACUUCAAGAAUUCCUACCACAAGAAAGCUUCCUCCUAGGGCACAUAAAGGUUUAACAGCUGAAGGAAAUGAGUUUCUCUUUGACCAGCAACCAUUCAGAAUUGCAGGAGGAACUUUUCACUACUUUCGAACUCCUGAAUCUAGUUGGUAUGAUCGAUUACUUAAAAUGAAGGCUGCCGGUUUAAACACGGUCGUCUUUCCUGUACCUUGGAAUAUUCACGAAAGAAUCAAGGGCAAAAAGAAUUUCACCUCGCUUAAGAAUUUCUUAGAGAUGAUAAAGAGCCUAAAACUUUAUGUAAUUCUUCAAGUUGGACCCUUUGUAGAGAAUGGAUUGGAUUGGGGUGGUUUACCUUCGUGGCUUUUAAAGGAAAAUAUUAAACAUAAAAUUAGAUCUUCGAACGAAACUUUUUUAAAUCCAGUUAGAAGUUAUAUGCAGGCGUUAAUAGACGAUAUUUUCCCAUAUGUAUACUCUUUCUAUGGAGGGCCAAUAAUAGCUUUUCAAGUUGAACACGGUUUUGGUCUAUAUCUCAAAGAUGAUACUUAUUUGAAUUUUCUCGUUAUUCAAUUUCGAAAGAAUAGUUUAGACGAGAUAAUAUUUCUGGCAGAUCGUGUAAAUUUUAUUGGCCGAGAUCGAGUCCCUCAAACGAUUAAAUGUCUACUAAUCGAUUCUCCUCAUGAAGAUAUAACUUCGGCUGUCGUAAAGUUAAGAUCUAUUCAACCAGAUGUUCCCGUUCUUCUUAUGGCCCUACCAACUGCUCAUAACAUGAAAUGGGCAAUGAAAUACGAGCAAUUGAACCUUACCGAAUUUAGAAACAGACUUUAUAGAAGCGUUGUUUUAGGAACUUCGUUUGUUUUCCAUCCGUUUAUCGGAGGGACGAAUUAUGGAUUUAAUUCGGGCGCAAUUAAUUAUACAGACUCUCAACUUCAGUUCGACUUGACGACCUUUUUCUCCGAUGCACCAGUUACUGAAAGUGGAGAAUACGAACAGAAAUAUUUUGUUAUCAGAUCGGCUCUUAAAGAUACAAAAAUUUCUGUUGACGGAGGUCCUCCACCACCUUUAAAUUAUCCUUCCAGAAAUUAUGGGAAAUAUGAAAUAACUAGCUAUAUGCCUUACCAGAGCAUUAUUGAUAUUUUAAAGUGA